GUCGGCGGGGAGCACCGGGCGCAGUCGGAGCCGCAGCCGCGAUGGCCGUGGCCGUGGGGAGACCGUCCAAUGAAGAGCUUCGAAACUUGUCCCUUUCUGGACAUGUCGGAUUUGACAGUCUCCCGGACCAACUGGUCAAUAAGUCUACUUCUCAAGGAUUCUGUUUCAACAUCCUGUGUGUUGGUGAGACGGGCAUCGGCAAAUCCACGUUAAUGGACACUUUAUUCAACACCAAAUUUGAAAGUGACCCAGCUACGCACAACGAACCAGGUGUCCGGUUAAAAGCCAGAAGUUACGAGCUUCAGGAAAGCAACGUACGUCUGAAGUUAACCAUCGUGGACACCGUGGGAUUCGGAGACCAGAUAAAUAAAGACGACAGCUACAGGCCCAUCGUGGAGUACAUCGACGCGCAGUUCGAGGCGUAUCUGCAGGAGGAGCUGAAGAUCCGGCGCUCGCUGUUCAGCUACCACGACUCCAGGGUCCACGCCUGCCUCUACUUCAUCGCCCCCACCGGCCACUCCCUGAAGUCCCUGGACCUGGUCACCAUGAAGAAGCUGGACAGCAAGGUGAACAUCAUUCCCAUCAUUGCAAAAGCCGACACCAUCGCCAAGAAUGAGCUGCACAAAUUCAAGAGUAAGAUCAUGAGUGAGCUCGUCAGCAACGGCGUCCAGAUAUACCAGUUCCCCACAGAUGAGGAGACGGUGGCAGAGAUCAACGCGACAAUGAGCGUCCAUCUCCCCUUCGCAGUGGUUGGCAGCACGGAAGAGGUGAAGAUCGGCAACAAGAUGGCCAAGGCCAGGCAGUACCCCUGGGGUGUGGUGCAGGUUGAGAACGAAAACCACUGUGACUUCGUGAAGCUUCGGGAGAUGCUGAUCCGCGUGAACAUGGAGGACCUGCGAGAGCAGACCCACACCCGCCAUUACGAGCUGUAUCGGCGCUGCAAGCUGGAGGAGAUGGGCUUCAAGGACACGGACCCUGACAGCAAGCCUUUCAGUCUUCAGGAGACCUACGAAGCGAAAAGGAACGAAUUUCUGGGAGAACUUCAGAAGAAAGAAGAAGAGAUGAGGCAGAUGUUUGUGAUGAGAGUGAAGGAGAAGGAGGCGGAACUUAAAGAGGCAGAGAAAGAGCUCCAUGAGAAGUUUGACCUCCUGAAGCGGACCCACCAGGAAGAGAAGAAGAAGGUGGAGGACAAGAAGAAGGAGCUGGAGGAGGAGGUGAGCAACUUCCAGAAGAAGAAGGCGGCCGCUCAGCUCCUGCAGUCCCAGGCGCAGCAGUCUGGGGCCCAGCAAACCAAGAAGGACAAGGAUAAGAAAAACUUCUUCUUUAUGUAACCAUCCUGUUGACAAGCCCUCCUCUCUCCUAAUGGACAUAGAGCAUUAGACGAGCAGGAGCUGUGUGUUCACGUGUCGGGGAAGAGUUACCUCAUUUCCACCGUCGCUUCCUGUUCUUUUAAAGUCCGGGUCAAACACGCGUCGCUGUUUGUUCUUGUCCAUGUCUGUUUACCAACCGCUGCCCGCAGUGGUUACCAAAGUGACUUGUCACUACCCAAAACGGUAAUACUUAAUAACACUCACAAGGAAAUUGAGUGGAAAAGAGAACGUGGGCCAAGACCCAAGGUAGCCGUGUGUUGGGAUCCUGUCGCGUAGCUGUCAUGUUCUUGAAGCUGCCGAUCUGAGAACUCACGGACUGAAGACGGCACGUACCCUACCCUGGGCUGGUCAGCACCUCCAGGGCCCACAAACUCGAUCUCAUGUUAACUCCAGACCUCUCUGUCCCGUGAGCGACCUUCUGAACAGCCCCAGCGGGACCCUCAGCCAUCAAUCAGGCCAUAAGAGCUGGGCAACAUCCUCCUUCCUUUUGUUAGUUUUUAUGGGUUGUUUUGGAGUUUGGGAUUUUUUUUUUUCAACUUUUGAUAUUGCAUGAACAGAGAUGGCUACAAUUUUUUUAUUUGGAGUGUUCUAUUGAUGCAAUGUUUUUAUUUUUCAGCUGACCAUCUGCCUCUUGAGAGAGAGAAGUGGGCAUCCUUCCUUUAAAUUCAGGAACCACUGUUGUUUGAUUUCACUCUUUUUCUGUGACCUGCAUCCCUUAUAUAAGUUGUUUUCGGUUUGGGAUUCUGUUUUUGAAAAAAAAAAUUUUCCAGUUA